GUUUUAUCGCCGAGAACGUUUGGGCAAAUGACAAACAGAAAUUGUGGGGUCAAGUGAAUGGAAUGGAUGUGAACUGCGAGGAGACAGCCACUGAACCUGAUUUGUUACCAAGCAGCUGUUUGUGCUUGGCGCACUGGGAACUCCUGUGAUAAUUAGCCCACGGUAGCUUUAUCUGUACAUCCUCACACAUAAAGAAGAAAGAAAAUGGCCUGUGCUGAGUAUUCUUUUCAUGUGCCAAGUCUAGAGGAACUUGUUGGAGUUCUGCAGAAGGGGCUAAAGGAUAACUUUGCUGAUGUUCAGGUCUCUGUAGUUGAUUGCCCUGAUUUGACUAAGGAGCCAUUUACAUUUCCUGUAAAAGGCAUCUGUGGGAAAACUAGAAUUGCAGAAGUAGGAGGUGUGCCUUACUUAAUGCCUCUUGUAAAUAAAAAAAAAGUUUAUGAUCUAAAUAAGAUUGCAAAAGAAAUCAAGCUUCCUGGAGCUUUUAUUCUUGGUGCGGGGGCAGGCCCAUUUCAGACUCUUGGGUUCAAUUCUGAGUUUAUGCCAGUUAUUCAAACAGAAAGUGAACACAAACCUCCUGUGAAUGGAAGUUACUUUGCCUAUAUUAACCCUGAAGAUGGAGGGUGCUUACUAGAGAAAUACAGUGAGAAAUAUCAUGAUUUUGGGUGUGCACUACUGGCUAAUCUUUUUGCCAGUGAGGGCCAACCUGGAAAGGUCAUUGAGGUGAAAGCCAAAAGAAGAACUGGAAAACUUAAUUUUGUGACUUGUAUGAGACAGACUCUUGAAAAACAUUAUGGUGAUAAGCCUGUAGGGAUGGGAGGUACUUUCGUAAUUCAGAAGGGAAAAGUGAAGACUCACAUUAUGCCUACAGAAUUUUCUUCCUGCCCAUUGAACUCUGAUGAAGAGGUGAAUAAAUGGUUGCAUUUUUAUGAGAUGAAGGCUCCUUUGAUUUGCCUGCCAGUUUUUGUCUCCAAAGACCCAGGCUUUGAUUUGCGGUUGGAGCACACACACUGCUUUAGUCAUCAUGGAGAAGGCGGACACUACCAUUAUGACACUAGCCCAGAUAUAGUAGAGUAUCUUGGCUACUUCUUACCUGCAGAGUUUCUCUAUCGCAUUGAUCAACCAAAAGAGACCCAUUCAUUUGGGCGAGAUUAAAUCAACUGCUACUUCAUUUAGAAAAA